UAAUGACUUGCAUCUAUUUGGAUUUAGAAGAGACAAAAUUGUUAAUUUCUCCUUUUGUUUAAUUACUUGGUUUAAAUUGAUUAAUUAAGUUUUUAACACUAACUGCUGAUGGGGUCAGCAAGAUAUGAUCGAGCUAUCACUGUUUUCUCUCCUGAUGGUCAUCUUUUCCAAGUUGAAUAUGCUCAAGAAGCAGUGAAAAAAGGUUCAACUGCGGUUGGUGUCAGAGGUGAUAAUGUUGUAGUUCUUGCUGUUGAAAAAAAAUCGGUUGCUAAACUUCAAGAGGAAAGAACUGUUCGUAAAAUAUGUCUCAUCGACAAUCAUUGUGUAAUGGCAUUUGCCGGAUUAACGGCCGAUGCAAGAAUUUUAAUAGAUCGAGCAAGAGUUGAAUGUCAAUCUCACAAACUUACGGUUGAAGAUCCGGUUACUAUUGAAUAUAUUACCCGUUUCAUUGCCCAAUUGAAGCAAAAGUAUACCCAAUCUAAUGGUCGUCGUCCAUUUGGUAUUUCUUGCCUAAUCGCUGGUUUUGAUGACGAUGGCAUACCUCGCCUUUUCCAAACAGAUCCUUCAGGUGUCUAUCACGAAUGGAAAGCCAAUGCCACCGGAAGAAAUGGUAAAACCGUGAAAGAGUAUUUGGAGAAAAAUUAUAGCAAGGAAAGUGCUGCCGAUGAUGAUAAAACAAUCAAAUUGGCUCUACGUGCUUUGAUGGAGGUUGUUCAAGGAAAAAACUUGGAAGUCGCCAUUUUAAGGCGAAAUCAACCCUUGAUGACUCUAGAUGAGGAAACUCUUAAUAAAUACAUUGUUGAAAUUGAUAAAGAAAAGGCUGAAGAGGUUGAAAGUAAAAAGAAGAUAAAAAAAUGAUUUUGUAAAUUUACUGGAAUUGAAACAUUUUCAUAAUUAAAAGUUGACUUGGUCAUUAUAAUCUUAA